CCAAGAUGGGUUUAAUUAUUUUAUUAUUUAAAUUGAGAGUGAAAUAGAUGGAUGCUAGAAAUUUACAAGUUUACAACAAAUGGAACCAAAGUUAACAAACAAGCAUAAAAACGCGAGGCAACCCUUUCUCUCCGAAUACUCGGGGCAUCACUUUUUUUCUUGCGUCCGAACAAUCUUCCAUCUGUCCAACCAUCGUCCAAGCCCAAAAUGUUCUCAGUGUUGCAAAUUUCCAAGCUUCUCUCGUACUCACUCAGCCAAAGAAAAGUCGGCAUCCAUGCGCUGCCUUGCAACUUCUUAUGCAACCAUUUCUGCACCAGGAUUGACUCAACCCAAAUCACCGAGUCACCGGAGCUUCCAAGCUGGGUCAAGUUCGGCGCGACCCAGAGCUCCGCCGCUGCAGAUUCGGAUGAGGAUUUUGUGGUUCCUUCACUUGCUCACUGGGUUGAGAAUCACAGGCUUCAUGAUCACGGCAAAGUUGUUAAGCGAAUGCUAAGCGAAGCUGCCGAAACCGACGUAGAAAAAAUCAGCAAAAUCCUCCAGAAUCGGUACCCAUCGCCUGAUAAUGUAGCUCAAGCUCUAAGUGGUUCUGGUUUUAUUGCGUCUAAAAGUUUGGUUGAACAGCUUCUGAAGAGGUUUAGUAAUGAUUGGAUACUGGCCUUUGGAGUUUUCAAAUGGGCAAAAGCGCAAACAGAAUAUAGGCAUUCUCCAGAACUAUAUGACUUCAUGGUCGACAUCUUAGGAAAAUCGAAGGAGUUCCAUCCUAUGUGGGAGUUGGUAGAGGAAAUGAAUCAAUUAGGAGGUUAUGUCACAUUGGUCACAAUGGGCAAGGUCAUGAGAAGGCUUGCAAGGGCUCGAAGGUACAACGAGGCGGUUGAGGCAUUUAGGAAUAUGGUGCGGUUUGGUGUGAACAAAGAUACCACAGCCAUGGAUGUACUAAUGGAUGCAUUGGUGAAAGAGAAUAGUGUUGAGCAUGCCCGUGAUGUUUUCUUGGAGUUCAAGGGAGUGAUACCGGUAAAUUCUCAAUCUUUCAAUAUUUUGAUACAUGGAUGGUGCAAAGCUAGGAAACUUGACCACGCCAAAAAGGCUAUGGAAGAUAUGGAGAAACACGGGUUUCAGCCUGAUGUGUUCUCCUACAAUUGUUUUGUCGAAGCAUAUGGUCGCGAAAAGGAUUUUCGCAAAGUGGAUGAAAUUCUUGAUGAAAUGAAAGAGAACGGGUGCAUGCCUAAUGUAGUGACUUACACCAUUGUGAUGCAUGCUCUUGGGAAGGCAAGUCAGGUGAAUGAAGCUUUGGAGGUUUAUGAGAGGAUGAAGAGGAAUGACUGUGUUCCUGAUGCCUCAUUUUAUAGCUGUUUGAUAUUCAUUCUUGGUAAAGCCGGUAGGCUAAAAGACGCACACGAAUUAUUCGAGGACAUGAAGAAGCAGGGAGUUAGUCGGGAUGUCUUGACGUACAAUACCUUGAUUUCUUGUUCUUGCAUGCAUUCGCAAGAAGAGACCGCUUUGAAGUUGCUUCAGAAAAUGGAAGAGGAUUCUUGCAAGCCAGAUAUUAAGACCUAUGCUCCUCUAUUGAAGAUGUGCUGCAGAAAGAAGAGAAUGAAGCUGCUAUACUUCUUGCUAGAUCACAUGUUCAGAAAUGACAUUAGCAUAGAAGUAGGGACUUACUCGCUUCUGGUGAGCGAGUUAUGUAAGGGCGGGAAACUUGAACAGGCUUGCUUAUUCUUUGAAGAGAUGGUGUCAAAGGGAUUGGUUCCGAAGGACUGCACAUGCAAGAUGCUGAUGAAAGAACUCGAGGGCAAGAAGAUGACAAAAGCAAUGGAACAGUGUGAAAAGUUGAUGUCACAGGCAAAAGAGGAAAGAAACAUUUAGCAAAUCUUUCUUUAAUUAUUGUUCAGCUCAGGAUGAAUUGGUUCAGCUGUUCUAUACGAUGUUGUGUGUAAGUUUUGAAUAAAUCUCCAUCAGUGUAGGAUCUCUCAUCC